AUGGGUUCAGAACCUGGCUUUCCUGAUUCGUCCAAGACAAAAUCUGGAUAUUCCUCCUUAGAGUUUGCAGUUUUUCGAAAAGAUAUGAUUUUAACUAAAAUAGACUCUUUCAAGGUAAAUGUUGAUAAAUCACAAAUUGAAGUUUAUGGUUUGACUUAUGAAGACCAGGAAGCAAUAGUGGUGAUGAAUAAAUCAACUAAGGAAGCUCAAGUUCAUAUAUUUCAACAACUGUCAAGCCAUAUUCCUAGAUAUCAAUUUUGCUAUAAAAUUCAAUGCGAGCAUUGUAUUCCACUUAAUAACUCCAAACAUGAAGGGUAUUUAGUGGUUUUGAAGGAUGAGCAUUUGCUUACUUUGGUUAACCCUUUCAUAGAUGUUGUCACUUUAAAUAUAGAUUUGGCUGGAAAUUUCCCUCCUAUAAAACUGUUACAGUCUUCAUACAAUGAAGAUGUAGCAUUACAAUCGAAGUCAGGCAAAGCAUAUAUAUUAAAACUAUUAUUAGAUCCGUCAAACGAAUUAGUACUCAAGUGUUUACAAUGUUUUAAAUACCUUUCUGGUUCGAAGAUCAAUGAAACAAUUUGGGUUUUAUGGCGCUCAGCACUUCUGUUAGAUGAAAAGAAAGAUGACUGGAAUGCAUUCGUAAUUACUUUACUAAGUUUGAUAUACCCCUUUCAGGAUGACUAUCCAUCAGAAACAACAAAUGAUAUUACAAGGAUGUUACCUAAAGCAAAACGUUUGCAUAAUAUUUCUCACUUCAAUUAUACCUUCUCCGAUUUAAUUCCUUACGUUGUCAUUUCAUUACACUUGAUAAGAGAAGAAAUGAAACUUGAUAUUUUAGGCCAAUCGAAUUUAAAUAUCUUAGGCAUGUUCUUGACUCAAUUGACUACAUGGAUGGGAUGGCCUGAAUCCUGGAAUAAAUAUUAUAUGAUUGAUAUGGCUAAUAUAGAAAAUGUCACAAGGUUCCUUCUGGUUUGUGUUUUAAGAUCACCCCCAAACCUACUUGCAUCGUUGACUAGUUUGUUCAGUGACAAUCUUGUUCCAUAUUUGUUUUUUUCGCAACUAGUGGAAGAAAGCGAUGCAGUUGAUGAAUUGAUAACUCCAAGAACAUUUCAUAUCCUAAAAAUCUUCGAAAUAAUUGUAUCACCUCAUUACGAACCUACACAUGUCAUUGAUAUGAUGUGUAAAUAUGGGAUUACUAUGAACGACUUGGAAACAUAUCCUCCUGGAAUAUAUAUUCCAUUGAAAGAAGCUGUCCUGAUUUGUCAAGAAAAUCCUGCUUUUGAAUGGACUAGCAGAACUCUAGAAUUGGUUGGAAGAAAGGACUUGAGCAUGUUUUUAGAUACUGAUGCAUUUCAAACUCCAUCUGCUCAUUAUACUGGACUUUCAGGCUCGACGACACAACUAGUCACAAAAGAUAUUAAUUAUAUCUUGGCUAAUAUUUUUGACAAAAAUGAAUCUGUGGUUGCAUGGGAUGGUCAAUCUGAAGCAGAUAGAAUAAAUAUCACGAAAUUAAUAUUUGACUAUGAUAGACGGUAUUAUGAGAUUACAACCUUGCUUCACCAAACAAAGACACAAUCAGCAACUUUAACAACGGAUGAAGAUAUUAGCGAGUAUGAUAUGUUCAUUUUGCAGAGAGAGUUAGCAGCUCUUGUAGCUCUAAGAACUCUAACUAUACCCUUGGGUAGAGCUGCAUUGUUUUACGCAGGUAGAAUGCCUUUAUUGACAGAGAAAUUUCCAAUUCCAAAAUUCAGUUUUAGUACUCUCAUUGCACCUACCAUGACAAAUAUUAUCUUGUCUAAAGGAGCUAUAAGUGAAAAUGUGUCGGAGUGGGGGUAUUUUCAUAAUGGUGUUUCCUCGGGACUAAGUAUCAGUAAGGAAUCAAAGGGGAUUUCUGGUAGUUGGAUAAUUUUUAAUAAACCGCCAGAACUAAAUUCGCAACACGCUGGUUUUUUGUUAGGUUUAGGCCUUAAUGGGCAUCUCAAAAAAUUAGAAGAAUGGCAUAUUUAUAAUUAUUUAGGCCCAAAGCAUCCUUUAACAAGUGUAGGGCUUUUGAUCGGUAUGGCUGCUAGUAUCAAGGGAUCGAUGGAUAACAAAUUAACAAAGGUUUUAUCCGUUCAUGCUGUUGCAUUAUUACCGCAGGGUGCCAAUGAUUUGAAUGUUCCCAUCAUGGUCCAAACUGCAGGUUUAAUAGGAAUUGGAUUGCUUUAUCUUGAAAGUCAGCAUCGUCGGAUGAGUGAAAUACUACUUUCGCAAAUCACCAGCUCAGUAUUUCAGAAUGAUACUGAACAAAUUCAUGAGGGAUAUCGCUUAGCAGCGGGAAUUUCAUUAGGAUUUGUGAACUUGGGUAAAGGUAAUGACUUAAGAGGGUUAAACGAUACACAUGUUAUAGAUAAGCUAUUAGUGCUAGCAAUAUCUAUGAAAGAUUUUCAGCCAAUUCAAGAGUUAGAUAAAUCGUGUUGUGGAGCUAUUAUUGCUUUAGGUUUUAUAUAUAUGAAGACUGAAAAUAUUGCGGUAGCCAACAAAUUGAAAGUACCAAAUACUGAGCAGUUAUUGGAUUACAUCCGACCUGACUUGCUUCUAUUAAGAUGUGUUGCAAAGAAUAUCAUCAUGUGGGAUUCUAUAGAAAAUUCUAUUGAAUGGGUCAACAAUGAGAUCCCAAAACCAUUAUUAGAGAAAUAUUCACUUGAUAACAUUGAAUCCCUAGAUAGUGACCAGUUAGGAUAUUUCAAUAUUCUAGGUGGUGCUUGCCUUUCUAUUGCUAUUAAAUAUGCUUCAACUCACGACAAGAAGGCUCGUGAUACAUUGCUAUAUUUCUUAGAUAAAAUGAUGAUUAUUUCAGUAGCUCCCGCCAACAAUUAUGAUCAAAGAAUGGCGUAUCAUUGUGCAAAUAAUAUUCAGGAUCUAAUUGCAUUGAGUUUAUCUGUUAUAAUGGCUGGAAGUGGAGACUUGGAAACAUUUAGAAGACUAAGAAUUCUACAAGGAGAAACUAAUAAGGACAUGGGCUAUGGAAACUACAUGGCCAUCAAUACGGCUUUAGGAUUUUUGUUUUUAGGGGGUGGUCAGUAUGCUUUUAGCAAAUCAAAUUUUGCAAUUGCCUCCUUAUUAGUUUCGCUAUAUCCAAUUUAUCCAAAUGAAAACAGCGAAUACGAGGUCCACCUACAGGCGUUAAGGCAUUUUUGGGCGUUGUCAGUUGAACCUCGAUGCUUGAUUGUUCGAGAUGUAAAUACUCGCAAACCAUGCAAGGUUCCAGUUACCAUCAAAUUGAAAAAUGGUGAAGUCAAAGAAACGUUAUCGCCCUAUUUAUUGCCGAACUUGAGUGAUAUACUAAUGAUAUCUACUAAUUCACCAGAUCAUUUUAACGUUCAAAUCGAUUUCCAAUUAAAUUCGGAGUAUUUGGAAAUAUUUAAGAAAACCCUCACCAUAUUUGUAUAUAAAAGACGUAAUUAUCAACUUUUGAAGACGUCUAUUGGAACCUUAUUGAACAAUGAAAACAAAAAGCUCCAGGUUGAUAAUGGUGAGGUCCGCAUAAACAGCGACGUCUCAAAAUUGCUAGACUUAAAGUUCAUGAAAAAGCUCAAUACCUUUGAAAAGCAGAUCAUUCUCUAUGAAAGUAGUGAAAAUGAAGGAGAAUAUGAUUCGCUUACAAACAAUUCGGGCUUGUCAAUUUUCAAUAUCAUUGAUAAUAAGAUUGAAAUGCAACUAAUGGCUACAAAGCCUAAGACUAUUGAUGAAUUGUGGAACUUAAAACUCAUUUUUGCAUUUACUGAUAGGCUACUCAAUGACAAUUUACAUUUCAUUAGUUUGGGCUUUAUAGAACAGCUUAAACAGAAUAUCUGGAAAUUAUCCAAUUCAUAG